UAACACUAGCACUAUUACUAAUAUUAAUGAUUGUCCUUUCCGUACUAUUAAAAAUGAUGAUAUAGUUACUACUAAUAAUAAUUUAAAAUCAUCUUGACACUCAAACUCACCAAGAUACUCUUAAUACUAGAAAUGAUGAUAUAGUUACUACUAAUACUGAUUCUAUAAUAUCCAUAUUAAAUAUCCACAUAGAGCCUUCUUCUAUUGAGAGAUAAGAUGAUUCUCUAUCCGAGUCAUAAUAAUCUAAACCUUCUCUAAAUGUAUAUCUUAUGGCAACCAGGUCUAAAAUUGGUUUUUCUAGAUAAAAAAUUUUACUGUUACGGUUAAUACUAUCACCAAUAGUCUAGAUUAUAUCCCUAAAACACUAACUAUUGCUUUUGGUAUUCCACAUUGAUAUAGAGCUAUGAUUGAAGAGUAUGAUGCUCUUCUAAGAACUAAAACCUAGGAUUUAGUCCCUAUACCUCAAAAUGUCAAAAUUAUUGGGUGCAAAUGGGUGUACACAAUCAAAAAACUACCUGAUAGAUCAAUUCAAAAAUACAAAACUAGGUUAGUUGCACAAGAAUUUCAUCAACAAGAGGGCUUUGAUUUUGAGCAAGUUUUUAAUCCUAUUAUAAGGCCAACUACCAUUAGAUUAGUUUUAAGUAUAGCAUUAUCUAGAAAUUGGAUAAUUAGGCAAUUUGAUUUUAAUAAUAUUUUUUUGAAUGGUGAUUUACAACACACUAUUUACAUGUCUCAACCAAUUGAAUUUGAACAAAAAAGUGAUACUCAUGUUUGUGGAUUGAACAAGUCUCUUUAUGACUUAAAACAAGUCCCAAGAGAAUGGUUUUUAAAACUCAGUAAGACUUUGAAUUUAUUUGGCUUUAAAAGUGCUAAUUGUGACACAUCUCUCUUUAUUAAAAGGACUUCAGAUUCAUUAAUCUACAUCUUAUGUUAUGUUGAUGAUAUAAUUAUAACAGAAAAUAAUUCUAAUAAAAUAACCUCUAUGAUUCAACAACUUAAUAAAAUAUUUUCGUUGAAGGAUUUGAGACCAUUAAGUUAUUUUUUGGACAUUGAAGUUCAAAACACCAAAGAUAGUAUCUUGCAUCUGUCACAAACUAAAUACAUAACAGAUUUGUUGUCUAAAAUUGGCAUGGAAGAGCAUCUCCAAUGCCAACACCAAUGAUUUCUUCUCUACGGCUCUUGUCUUCAGGAGCUGAAGCUUUUGAAGAUUCUAAACUAUUUCGGACAAUGGUGUGUUCCUUGCAAUAUCUAACUAUCACCUGUUUAGAUCUCUCUUUUGCAGUCAACAAAUUAAGUCAGUUUAUGCAUGCACGCCUUCUUCCUCAUCGGAAAGCAGCAAAGAGGAUAUUAAGAUACUUGCAAGGAACAAAAGAGUUUGGAUUGACAUUUCACAGAUGUAAUGAUACAAGGCUCUAUGCUUUCUCAGAUUCGGAUUGGGCUGCUGAUAUUGAGGAUCGAAGGAAGCAAUCUACUAUUAGUAGGAGCUCUACUGAGGCAGAAUUCAAAAGUUUGGCAUCUUGUGAAACUGAUUCUGCUUAUGCACAACCCAAUCUUGCAUGACAAGAUCAAGCAUUUUCAGCUUGAAGUCCAGCUGAUUCGAGGCAAAUUGAAGGACAACUCCCUUCAUAUUGUGCAUAUCCUAGGGAUUGAACAAAUUAUAGACUUCCUCACCAAGCCAUUAUCAGCUGCUGUCUUUGAGAGAUUACGGGUCAAACUGCAAGUAACUCUUCGACCAUACUCCAUUUUGAGGGGGGUGUGAAAGAUAACAAAGAUAAAGAUUGUAAAUCUUUAUUAGAAACAGAGUGUUAGUUUGAUUAAUUAGUGAUUUGGUAUUAACUCUCUCUCUUGUGCUAGUAUAUAUAUCAGUAGUUGACCCUUUUGAAAG